CGAGGCAGCGCGCUGGCUUGGGCUCAGCGAGGCUCUGCGAGGCUCCGGGCGGCUCCGUGACCGUCGUCCGGGGGCUCGGGCGGCGCAGACAGAUCGUGCGCUUGGCUGUGCGCCCCACUCUGCCCCGCGCCCCGCGCGAAUCUCCGCACUUCACGCCUCUGGCUUCCCGAGCGGGCCCGCGCGCCCUCCGGCCCCGGGGUCUGUUCUCAGCCUCCUGUGCGCCCUCGCUCUCCCUCCUCCUCCUCCCCGGCUCCGGCCCCUUCGUCGCCGCCACCCAUCAUGGCCCUUGGCCCUGCUCGGACCAGCCGGGGAUCGGGGUCCCGACUGCUGCCGCUGCUGCCGCUGCUUCUGCUGCUGCUCCGGGACGCGGGCGGCAGCCACACGGCCCCCGCCCGGUCCGCCCCGCCAGCGGCCGCCGACGGUCUGAUGGGGGAAAAGGACCCGCAGCGGUCCCCGGGGGACGUGGCCGCCGCUCUGGGCCCCAGCGCCCAGGACAUGGUCGCUGUCCACAUGCUCCGGCUUUAUGAGAAAUACAGCCGAAGGGGCGCGCGGCCGGGAGGGGGAAACACGGUCCGCAGCUUCCGGGCCCGGCUGGAAGUGGUCAACCAGAAAGCCGUGUAUUUCUUCAACCUGACUUCGAUGCAGGACUCGGAAAUGAUCCUCACAGCCACAUUCCACUUCUACUCGGAGCCGCGCUGGCCCCGGGCGCGUGAGGCACCAUGUAAACAGCGGGCCAAGAAUGCAUCCUGCCGCCUGCUGCCCCCGGGCCCCCCGGCACGCCAGCACCUGCUCUUCCGCAGCCUCUCACAGAACACCGCCACGCAGGGGCUGCUCCGAGGGGCCAUGGCCCUGCCACCCCCGCCACGGGGCCUGUGGCAGGCCAAGGACAUCUCCCCCAUCGUCAAGGCAGCCCGCCGUGAUGGCGAGCUGCUCCUGUCGGCCCAGCUGGAUUCUGGAGAGAAGGCCCCUGGGGCCUCCCGGCCCAGCCCCCACGCACCCUACAUCCUCAUCUACGCCAACGACCUGGCCAUCUCAGAGCCCAACAGCGUGGCAGUGACACUGCAGAGAUACGACCCCUUCCAGGCUGGGGACCCAGAGCCUGGCGCAGCCCCCAACAACUCUACAGACCCCCGAGUGCGCCGGGCCACGCAGGCCACUGGGCCCCUCCAGGACAAUGAGCUGCCGGGGCUGGACGAGCGGCCGGCACACGCGCCCCACGCCCAGCACCACCACAAGCACCAGCUGUGGCCCAGCCCCUUCCGGGCGCUGAAGCCGCGGCCCGGGCGCAAGGACCGCCGGAGGAAGGGCCAGGAUGUGCUCAUGGCCUCCUCGCAGGUGCUGGACUUCGACGAGAAGACGAUGCAGAAAGCCCGGAGGAAGCAGUGGGACGAGCCGCGGGUCUGCUCCCGGAGGUAUCUGAAGGUGGACUUCGCGGACAUCGGGUGGAACGAAUGGAUCAUCUCGCCCAAGUCCUUCGACGCCUACUACUGCUCGGGGACCUGCGAGUUCCCCAUGCCCAAGAUCGUCCGCCCGUCCAACCACGCCACCAUCCAGAGCAUCGUCAGGGCCGUGGGCAUCGUCCCGGGCAUCCCAGAGCCUUGCUGCGUUCCCGACAAGAUGAACUCUCUCGGGGUUCUCUUCCUGGAUGAGAACCGGAACGUCGUUCUGAAGGUGUACCCCAACAUGUCUGUGGAGACCUGUGCUUGCCGGUAAGACCGGCCACUCUGGAGUGGAGGAAACCUGUCCCGCCCCCACGCCCAGCAGGACAGCAUUCUCAGAACCUUCUGGAGCGAGCACUUGACUCAGAAUGCAGCCGCAAAGGCAGGGCAGAGCUCCCAGGGAGCCAUGCUGGGUCCCAGAAAGAUCCGUCCCCUGGGGCAUCAUUCUGGGGUCUUUCAUUGCUAGUGACUCAGCCCCCUAAAUGUCGGUCUGAAUCCUCCGAAGGGAUCUGAAUUAGCCCUGGCCUUAUGGUCACCCACCGCCUGUCCCCUCUGUCCUCAAGGCCUGAAAACUGGACGUGUCCACAAUGUUGGGUUUUGUAACCAUCAUCUCAUAACCUGGACAGAAGGCUUCAAACCUGAGAGCUUCACUCCCUUCACAUAGAAAGAAACUCUGUUUAAAUAAUCAGUUUGAAAACACUUGGGGCCACGUAGUGAUGCUGGAAAACAGGGCCUAAAUGAUGAUAUCAAUGGCCGUUUUCUUUCCAAAUCCACUGCAAAAGCUUGUCUACAUACCGAAUACACAUAUAACCAAUUUCGGUUUCUUUUCCUCGAUAUAUUUUUUAUUUUAAAACAGAAAGGAUGGAACUGACAUCGUUCCCCACAGAGGUGAUCAUCGCUGGUUAAGUGUGCGUUGUUUAAACAUGCUUAUGGAAAUAACAGCUACAGUGCUAUGUUGGAAUACUAAAACUUAACCAAGAUUUUAUAUUUUUGUAAAUUAUACUUUCUCUACCAUAGAUGGUGUGUGUUACAUGUUUUUAUGGAAAGCUAAUAAAUUAAAGGGACAGUGCUAUCUUGAAAAACUGACGGUCACCCAUUCCAAAAUACAGAUGGACCCCCAUGUGUCAGUAUGACACCUGGGUGGCUGCGGGGACACAGCCACUUUAGGAGCCGACAUCCUAAGCUCCAGACAUCAUCUACUCCUCGGCCAUCCAGGGUCCGCCCACUCACUGCAACACACGUCCCCACUCUGAGCUCGUCCAGGCAGGACAGUAGCUUUAGCCUCAGAGGACAUCCAUUGAUGAGGGGGUGACUGAGGCAUUUAAAGGAACAUCUGUGGUAGCCUGGUCAGGGACCUUUUACUCAAGCCACUUCAAGCAGGAGAUCCAGUGGAAGUGAGGGAUCUCUCCUGAGAUUCAGGGGCUUCUGAGGGACUGGAAUGUCUGCUUCUCCCUGCUUCUUUGUCAGCAUCUCCAUCUCAAAACAGCCUCCCCACAAUUGUUCCCUACCCCCAAGCUGACAUCACCUUACAGCUGUAGCACCCAAAGCUGGUUGACUGGCAUUUCUGAAGAAGCUGGGUCCAAUUUGGGGCAGGUAUGUAACAGUCUUUGGCUGGGAACUCUGAGGAUGGCAUGGUCCCCAGUCGUACCUGGAGGAGGCUGAAAAGCCAGGAGCAGUUCUCCAAGAGGGGACUUCGAAGGAGGAAAGAAGCCCAGGGCUUCAAGGACUCCUGAGGCCAGGGUUCCCGUGCAAGGGCUGUGGGAGGAAGUGCUCCCAGGAGAAACAGGCAGGGAGUGGGUAGAGCAGGAUGAGAGGGCAAGAAGCUCAGCAUCCCAGCCUUGCCUGGACCCUGAGGGGAGCUCUGGAGCUUCAGCUGUACCUCCGGG